GUGGUUUCUUUUGAAGGUUGAACUCGAAUGUACCCAGAGUGAGAGUUGCUGUUAACGGGAAGGACGGAAGAUGUCUUUAUCCCAGAUUCAGAGUCUCCGACUGACAGCUGUACUGGAGGACUGUUCAAACCAGUUGCACAUACUGGGACAUACUCUGACAGUGCAGACCAGCAGGGAGAGGGGCACUGCAGCGGCACAAGAGAGAACCAGGCUGACCAAGCUGAGAAGAGACUGUCAGUACAUCUUGCAGCAGGUUUUCAAUCUGCAUUUGGAGCUGGAGGAGAAGCAGAGUUUCAGCUCUUUACUGCAGGUGGUGGAGAAAGAGGAGCAGAAGAAGAAGGCUGAGAACAUGCAAAGAGAGGCACAGAGAGAGCUAGAGCGGAGAGAACAAACUCUACAGAGACGACAAGAAGAGCUUCAACAGAAAAAUGAGAAACUGAAGGACUUGGACGGGCUCAUCAAAGACCUGAAGCAUCAGCUGAACGAGCAGUCAUUAAACACUGCUAACAUGAAGAAGACUGAGGAGAAAGACACUGAGCUGCAGCUCCAACUGUCACAAAAAGAGACCAGCAAGGCUGAGAAGCUGCUGGAGGACCAGCUGGAGCUGCUGCAUAAACAGCUAGAAGAGGAAGCGAGAGUUCAUGAGGAGUCUGAGAAAUUCCUGCAAAAUCGACAUGCGGAGCUGCAGCAGCAGCUGCAGCAGUGGCAGCAGCUCACAAAGCAGAUGCAGCAGGAGAAGGAGCAGCAGCUCAACAGCGUGCGGCGCAAAAGAACAGUGAACCUGGACAAACUGUCCGAGAUGAGGAGGAAGUUCAGGGAGAUGGAGCAGGUGGUGAAGGAGGACAGGGAGGAGCAGGAGAAGCUGCGCCAGCAGCAGGCAGAGAUCGGCGCUGCUACCAAGCUGCAGGCCUGGUGGAGAGGCUGCAUGGUCCGCAGAGGCCUCGGUAGUUUUAAAAAAGCAGAGGAAGCCAAGAAAGGCAAGAAGAAGAAAGAAGGAAAGAAGAAGAAGAAAAAAUGAGUUUUCUCCACCGCUGCUUCUUGACAUUGUAAUGCAGAUAAUGCAGAUAAUUUAAUAACAAAAACAGUAAUGCAAUUCUUCUUU